AUGCAUCUUGUAUGUAGUGGUCGCUUUAAAACAUUGAUUACUUAUUGGGAACGUAUUUUAUUACCGGGUGUAUUUGAUCAAGGUUCAAAUUAUUUAUUAUCUGUAGUAUUACCACAUUCAUUUGCUUACCAAUUUAUGCCACUUGUUCAAUAUGGUCAAUGGGAAACAAAAAUAAGCCUUUUUCGAUCUUUUUGCCAGAGAACUCAGGAAAAAUGCAUUAGCAGAGAAGAAGUUGGAAAGCACAGCAUUCGGAGAGCAUAUAUACAUAUAAUUUACCCUGAUUUUCUUCUUUAUGUAUCACCAAUAUUUGUGGCAUUAUUUUUACCUGAUGAACUGGCAGUACAUUUUUUACAUUAUUUCAUUUACAUACGUGCUUUACACCUGUAUGAAAAUAAAAAUGUAUUAACAGAUAUUGAAAACUUUUUUAAUUAUUAUUAUCAAAAUUUGGCGAAACAUUAUGAUGCAAAAUCCCAGUUAUGUACAAUCCAUCUUCAUUUACAUCUCAAAGAACAAGUGUUGAAACAUAGUUCAUUAUCAUUAACGUCGUAUUUUCCUCGUGAAGGUUAUUUGGGAAAUUCAUUAAAAUGGUGUCAUGGUAAAAAAUAUGUCUUAGAACAAUUUAUUACAUGGUAUUUGGUUAAUCGUACAUUACGUCGAACUAAUGAAUUAAGUAUUAAUGACUUAUUUUUUGCCCAGAAGUUUGACGAAAGAUAUUUAAACAAUAAAAUUAUUCAAAUGUAUGAAGACAAAUUAAGUGCUUGUCUAAUGAAAAAAAAUGUCGAUCCAACAAGAAUAACAAUAAUUUAUUAUGCUAGUUAUUGUCGUGGUGUUAGUAAAUUUCAUUCAAAAGUCUAUGCACGGAGUGGUGAUGCUAUUAGUUAUUAUGUAUCAACAUCAAAUCCAACAUGUCCAGCACAACGAACAACAUGCUUUGGUGAAGUUUUAUAUUAUUUACAAAUGUCUGGAAGUUAUCAUAUGGAGUCGAAAUAG